UAGCUCGGUGGGGAGGAACUGUCCACUUUCCUUUCGCCGCACCUUGGACACUCGGUCUGUCUUUAGAAAUCCAGACUCCCCAUCGUUUCGAUUUCACCUUACUUCUCAUCGGCAUUAGCGGUCACUCCCGUCUUUUCCUUCUUUUGCAUGCCUACCUGAUCAUCACCAUAUAUUAAACACCACGCGUAUGCUGCAAAACUCUACCAUGCCUUCCGGCUCUAUUCAACCCAAGCAGAUCCUGAAGCGAGCACUGUCGCAGAAGGAAUAUGAGUUUUUGCAAGAAUGGGCUCCCGAGACACUGAAGAAUUACGAAGUUCCUUCUCAACUGAAGGCUCUUGAACCCCCUCAAGCUGCUUCCUUUGAUGUACAAGAUGUACCUAGCCACAGACCUUUGAGACUGCGCACGUCGUCACUGUACGAAGAUUGCAAAGCUCGUGCCACCUUACAAGGAGAGAACGCAAACGAACAGUGCAGUCUACCUAUCCAUGCUUCAGCACAAAACAAUGUCCGCUUGCCUCACCCUAUGAAUGCAAAGGCUGCUACAGUCUUUGUUGAGGAAAGAAAUGAAGGUCAACAGCUGCAGACGAAGGUCAAGGGCUCUCAGCAAACUUGUUCGAAGAAUAAAACUCCUCAUGCUUAUGAGUUUCAGCGUAGACCCUCUUCAUGCAAUUCUAUCUAAUCUUUUGCUAAUUCUGGAACUUCUUAGGUCACUACGCUCAGCCUACUGUGAGCGCCAACAAUCGAUUUAACACUAUUCACGCGAGCAACCAAAAGUCAUCCAAGCCAGCUACUGGUG